AUGGCAAGUUCCUUCGAAAAGUCCGUGAAAGGCGCAACGAAGAUUAAGGCCGCACCUCCAAAAUCGAAAUACAUCGAGCAUAUCCUCAUAGCGACACAUACUGGAGAAGCAGGGGUUGGCGAGAUCUUCCGGGCGUUGCAGAACAGACUGAGGGAUUCAACAUGGACGGUGGUGUUCAAGAGUUUAAUUACAGUCCAUCUGAUGAUCAGAGAAGGGUCGCCAGAUGUGACGUUGGCAUACCUUGCGAGACAUCGCAAUAUGCUUGCAAUAAGCAGCUUCUCUGACGUGCAAACUCAGGGUCGUAAUAUUCGUCACUAUACCAAUUACUUGAGCGAGAGAGCGCGAGCGUACCGGGACACAAAAUGCGAUUACGUUCGUGGAGGAGACAGGCGGCUUGAGAAGAUGACAGUAGACAAGGGAUUGCUUCGCGAGACUGAAAUCGUUCAACAUCAGAUUACUGCUCUCCUGAAAUGCGAUGUCCUCGAUAACGAGCCCGAGAACGAGAUCACGAUCACCGUUUUCCGAAUGCUUGUACUGGAUCUUUUGGCGAUGUUCCAUGUUAUGAACCAGGCCAUGAUCAACAUCCUAGGCCAUUUCUUCGAAAUGUCAAGACCAGAUGCAGAACGCGCGAUGGAGAUCUAUAAGAACUUUACAAGACAAACGGAUUUCGUUGUAGGAUAUCUCAGUACUGCUCGACAAUAUGAACACCAGACUAGGGUUGAGGUGCCCAAGUUGAAGCAUGCACCGGUUAAUCUCGGAAAGCAGCUGGAGGACUAUUUGAUGGAUCCAGAUUUUGAGAUUAACAGGAGACAGUAUUUGGCGGAACAGGAGUCGAAGAAAGGCAAGGGGACAAAUGGUGCAAGUAAACCAUUUCUAACUUCGAAGGCCAACUCGAAGAGCGAGGCCGAGGCGAAAGCCGCGGCUGGACGGGCAUUCCCAGAACCGCAACAACCAGCUAAACCAUCACAGCCAGCGAAGGGACCAGCUCCAGAUUUGAUUGAUUUUUUCGAUUCUAUCGAGCAGAAUCAACAACCUAUGGCAACACAACCAGGAUUGCAACAGCAGGGACCCCCUCAGUUCAACAAUGGUGCUCCUUUUCAAGCACAACCACCGUUUCAACAGAACGGGUUCGCCACCCAGCAAUUACCCUAUCAAAGUCCAAAUCCGUUCCAACAACAACAGCAACAACAACAACCACUUAAUACUGGUUACAAUGUACCCCAGCAACCACAGCAACUCCAGCCUGACUUUACAGGCGCUGGUUUUGGUGGCUACACUCCCCAACCAUCCUUCCAACCAGGAGCCCUUUCGUCGAUUCCGCAAGACUCGGCUGCGUCUUUCCAACAGCAAGCCCCACAACAGCUCGGAAACAUGCAAACAGGUGCUCCUCAGACCACCAACCCCUUCCGUCAAUCAAUGAUGAUGAACCAGACAGGCAUGGUUGGAGGAUCCUCAUUUACGCCUCCUAUAAAUUCUCCUGUACCAUCACAAUCAACAAAUCCUUUUGCGAAAUCGAUACCUUCGCAACCUGCUCAGGCUUUUACGCCACCUUCCGAGCAAUUUCAACAACAGCAAUACCCGCAAUCAGCACCUCUGCCACAAGUAGGCUUUCAGCAACAGCAACAACAACCUGCACCUCUGCGACCAAUGGCGACUGGAACGAACCCGUUUGCUAAAAAUCUUUCUAUGAAUCGUCCUCAGACAAGUGGUGGUAUAAUGCCUCAGCCUACAGGAAGUACGAAUCCGUUCCGACAAAGUCAGUUUGUGAAUACUGCAACAGGACAGGGCUGGCAAAACAAUCAGCAACCUAUAGGUGGUGGUCUAGAUAACCUGGAAACUGUCCCAGUAUUUCCGAGGCCUGCACAGCAGCAGCCAUGGCAGCAAUAA